CAAUGAACUCAUCGACUUGCGACUGCGGAAACAAAUCCAUACAAGAUACCCUUUACGUUCUCCGGUAUCAGUCAGCUUGUUGGCAGUGAGGAGGCUCUACCGCAGCAGUGCGCUCGGCGUACCUAAUCUCAUCUGCCCAAAACCCGGUGUAAUCCAUAUCACAUCAGAUGUCCCUACAACACAAAAUGGCUACAAUCACAACGGCCACGGCAUUGUCUCACCUGACUACAAGGGCACCUGUCCGAGGCUCGAGAUUAUCAAGUAUGGCCUACAGCUCACAGCCACGGCGGGGACCGAACACCACCGUUAAGUUCUGGCCCUUCCUAGCCAUCAUCAUUGUCGGAACAGGCGCCUUUGCGUACGUGAGCAAAACAAGGGCUGGUCAAGGGUAAGUUCCAACCUACUACCUACCUAGGUACCUAUCUAAACCACACCGGAAACCUAUGAGAUGAAUUUUGAUACUCAUAUGAAUGACAUUAGUCGCGCUCCCAUUGCAAGAAAUGAGAUCCCUAACAAAUAAGACGACCGAAAACCACUUGGUUGGUACAAGCGAGUCGUCGUCAUAGCUGGUUAAAGCUCAACACCAAAGUUGCCUGGCCCUAUCUAGGUCAAUGAUGUAUGGUUUAGGUCGUCAUAUCUUUACAGCAGCCUGUAUAACAAAGGUGUUUAGAAUGCUGUACAUCCUAUACGAGAAGGGGGUCGUCAUUAGUGUAAAUCUAAUAGAUCUUAUAUCAGGUUAUUUGCUAGUGUUGCUGAUGCGAUUGGCACUGUCUGUUGGUUAGAGAGAGAAGCGGCAAUUGCAGGAUGUCUAUAUAGUGAUAUAUGUCAUGAUAUGAUGCAGCCAGUUCUUAAGAUAACCUCGGUAGGUACAUACCGGUAGCUAGGAGACCCUAAGCCACCCUCGUCUUCACUGUGCGCCCUAACAUUUCGCCCUUUUAUCUCAUGUGGAGAUAUUAGCCUUUACAAACCUCAUCUCAGGUCAUAAUACAGGAAAUAGCUAAUCUUUCUUUUCAGUAAGGUGAGAGAGGCCAAUCUCACGG